AUUCACGUGGAGGCGUGCUCCAGACAGUGUCCUCUAUAUGGUUCACAACAAAUUGCACUAAGAACAGCGUGACAUCACGGUGUAUUUAUCAGCUGAUUUCACAUUUGAGUCCCAAUGCGAUGUCAGAUCUCGGGGACGAAGAAUUCCUCGAAGAGCUUACUAGCAUUCUUUGCUUAGUCUCGGAAUAUGCUUGGGUUGCUAUUGUGAUUAUAGCUCAAAUCAGUGCGGUGCUGUCUUUUAUCGCCUUCAUAAUAUGGCUGUACUGUCGCAUUACUGUGGGAAGAUGCAAGUGUUUGAACAGAGUCGACGGCAAGACAGUGUUGAUCACAGGAGGCUGCACAGGUAUAGGGUUUGAGACCGCCAAGACAAUGGCAGCCCGCGGAGGCCGAGUUAUAUUCACGUGUCGCAACCUGGAAUACGGCGAACUGGCGCAGCAGAAAAUUAUUGAACAAACGGGAAACACAGAGGUCUUCGUCAAACGACUCGACCUGGCGUCCAUCCCGUCAGUACGGUUCUUUGCUAAGCAGUUUCUUGAGACAGAAAAGAGGCUCGACAUUCUCAUUGCCAAUGCUGGACGGACAGCACCUCGUCAGCGGACAGUCACCAAUGAUGGGUUUGAAAUCACAAUUCAAAGCAAUCACCUAGGCCAUUUUCUGCUUGUAAACCUCCUCCUCGACCUCAUUAAGAAGAGUGCACCUGCAAGGAUCGUAGUGGUCUCGUCCAUGAUUCAUCGCUGGGCUACUUUCGACAUCGACGACUUCUUUGUGGAGAGGCAUUACAGUCAAAGUCGAGCGUACGGCAUCUCCAAGUUGCUCAACAUAUAUUUUGCGAGGGAACUGUCCGACAGGCUUCGUGGCUGCGAUGUCACUGUGAACAGCUUGCAUCCGGGGCUGGUGAAGACCAAGUUUUACCGUGAUACCCCUCACACGCUUCUUGGCAGGUUUCUCGUCACUGUGGCCAUACCGCUUUUCUCCAAGUCACCUACAGAAGGAGCUCAGACUUCGAUCCAUCUGUCUCUUUCGCCGGAACUGGAACACACCACUGGAAAAUAUUUUAUGGACUGCAAAGAAACACGUCCAGUGGCUUCUGCGCUCAACCCUGUGCUUCAAAGGAAAGUGUGGGAAACGUCCGAAAAGUGCUUGGGAUCCUACUGCCAUUUUUAGACCUUUUAGCUCAGAAGAGCUGCCUCGGCUGGAAAGUUCCUAUGUAAAUAGACUGGGUACACUCUACGGUGUGGUUGUGUAUAUACUUCCGGGGGAUCAAGUGUAUUGAAAACAAAUAAAGGACGCUGACUAUUGGA